GAACUCCUGUGUGUGGUGGUCAAUGUAACAGACAGUACUAACAACUCAUCCAGCAUCGCCAUGGGCCAGGACCGAGGGAAGUAUGAUUUCUACAUCGGCCUGGGACUAGCCAUCAGCUCCAGCAUCUUCAUAGGAGGAAGCUUCAUCCUCAAGAAGAAAGGACUACUCCGCCUGGCCAGGAAGGGACAGUGCAGAGCAGGUUGGAAUGUUAACCAUUAAUCGGUUACCUGGUGAAAAUACAUUAAUUUCCAUAAUUUAGUGGAAUUAAAUUGCUGCGUGUGUAGUCAUUAUGUAUCUUACUUAUCAUGCGCACAGCAUACAUAACCUAGUUUGAUGAGCGGAAUGGCCUAUCACCUGUCAGACAACGCGAAAGCUGCUCCUCAAAAAGCUGGUACUGGAGUUAAAUGUGCUUUGGAAGCCCAGUCAUUGCGCAACAAAUAAUUCUUAAUGCAAUCAAGUGUUAACAGUUUUGAUGGCCAUGAUUAAAAAUAGCUAUUUUUAUUUCUCAACUCGUAAUUAAAGCGUGCCUCCCAUUCGAGUGCCUAGGCUAUAGUCAACGGUAGGUAGGCUAUCAGCACGUUACCCAUCGUCAUUUUCAAACAUUUGCCAAAAUGCAAUUCGUGGGAAAACCCUGUUCUAAACAGCGCACCUGAUGCGAGAGGUUCCGUAUACGAGAGAUGAACAUAUUUUUGUAGUUUAUCUACCCAAUUGGCAGUUACAGUCUUGUCCCAUCGCUGCAACUCCCGUACGGGCAUGGGAGAGGCGAAGGUCGAGAGCCGUGCGUCCUCCGAAACACAACCCAACCGCACUGCUUCUUGACACAAUGCCCUCUUAACUCGGAAGUCAGCCUCACCAAUGUGUCGGAGGGAACACCGUACACCUGGCGAUCGUUUCAGCGUGCACAGGAGUAGCUAGUGCGCGAUGGGACAAGAACAUCCCUACCGGCCAAACCCUCUCCUAACCUGGACGACGCUGGGCCAAUUGUGCACCGCCCCAUGGGUCUCCCGGUCGCGGCCUUAGACCACUGCUCCACUCGGGAGGGCUGAGAGAUGAAAAUAUCUGUAAAUUCCUUAGAAAGAGGGGGGAACUAAUCACAACACCUAGGAUGGGUUGCUAAGUGAACAAAAAUAUAAAACGCAGCAUGCAACAAUUUCAAAGACUUUACUGAGUUACAGUUCAUGUACGGAAAUCAGUCAAUUGAAAUAAAUUCAUUAGGCCCUAAUCUAUGGAUUUCACAUGACUGGGAAUACAGAUAUGAAUCUGUUGGUCACAGAUACCUUUAAAAAAAAAAAAGGUAUCUGGACACAUCUCCUUCGCAUAUAGUUGAUCAGGCUGUUGAUUGUGGCCUGUGGAAUGUUGUCCCACUCCUCUUCAAUGGCUGUGUGAAGUUGCUGGAUAUUGGCGGGAACUGGAACACGUCGAUCCAGAGCAUCCCAAACAUGCUCAAUGGGUGACGUCUAGUGAGUAGGCAGGCCAUGGAAGAACGGGGACAUUUUCAGCUUCCAGGAAUUGUGUACAGAUCCUUGCGACAUGGGGCCGUGCAUUAUCAUGCUGAAACAUGAGUUGAUGGCAGCGGAUGAAUGGCACGACAAUGAGCCUCAGGAUGUCGUCACGGUAUCUCUGUGCAUUCAAAUUGCCAUCGAUAAAAUGCAGUUGUGUUUGUUGUCCGUAGCUUAUGCCUGCCCAUACCAUAACCCCACCGCCACCACGGGGCACUCUGUUCACAACGUUAAGAAAACUGCUCGCCCACACGACGCCAUACACGCUGUCUGCCAUCUGCCCGGUACAGUUGAAACCGGGAUUCAUCCAUGAAGAGCACACUUCUGCAGCGUACCAGUGGCCAUCGAAGGUGAGCAUUUGCCCACUGAAGUCUGUUACGACACCGAACUGCAGUCAGGUCAAGACCCUGGUGAGGACGACGAGCAUGCAGAUGAGCUUCCCUGAGACGGCUUCUGACAAGUUUGUGCAGAAAUUCUUCAAUUGUGCAAACCCACAGUUUCAUCAGCUGUCCGGGUGGCUGGUCUCAGACGAUCCCGCAGGUGAAGAAGCCGGAUGUGGAGGUCCUGGGCUGGCGUGGUUACACGUGGUCUGCGGUUGUGAGGCCAGUUGGACGUAAUACUGACAAAUUCUCAUUGGUGGAGGCUUAUGGUAGAGAAAUUAACAUUACAUUCUCUGGCAACAGCUCUGGUGGACAUUCCUGCAGUCAGCAUGCCAAUUGCCCACUCCCUCAAAACUUGAGACAUCUGUGGAAUUGUGUUGUGUGACAAAACUGCACAUUUUAGAGUGGCCUUUUAUUGUCCCCAGCACAAGGUGCACCUGUGUAAUGAUCAUGCUGUUUAAUCAGCUUCUUGAUAUGCCACACCUGUCAGGUGGAUGGAUUAUCUUGGCAAAGGAGAAAUGCUCACGAACAGGGAUGUAAAUUGUGCACAACAUUAGAGAGAAAUAAGCUUUUUGUGCUUAUGGAACAUUUCUGGGAUCUUUUAUGAAACAUGGGACCAACACUUAACAUGUUGCGUUUACAUUUUUGUUCAGUAUAAUAUGAGUAGGAUUGUGCCUUUGGCUUCUGGACAGUGAAAGAAAGUUGAUAUGACAACCAAUAGUACAGUAGAGAAAUUCUGGUUAAUGGCAUGAGGAAAUCUUUAUAAAAUAACUGCCUCCACAUUUCUAUGGCUAAGCUACUUUGAAGCAAGGUCAGACAUGCCGCAUUAUUUGAAGUAAAGCAAAAGUUUCAGGUUUCCAACAGUUAUACUGCCUCAAGCUCACAUUACAUUAUGCUGCCUCAAGCUCACAUUACAUUAUGCUGCCUCAAGCUCACAUUACAUUAUGCUGCCUCAAGCUCACAUUACAUUAUGCUGCCUCAAGCUCACAUUACAUUAUGCUGCCUCAAGCUCACAUUACAUUAUACUGCCUCAAGCUCACAUUACAUUAUGCUGCCUCAAGCUCACAUUACAUUAUGCUGCCUCAAGCUCACAUUACAUUAUGCUGCCUCAAGCUCACAUUACAUAAUAUUGCCUCCAGCUCACAUUGUAAAGUGAUGGGUAACGUGCUGAUAGCCUGCCUGCCGUUGACUAUAGCCUAUGCACUCGAAUGGUGAAUGGGAGGCGCGCUUUAGUUAAAUGCUGGUUUCAGAGGAAAUCUUUAUAAACAUAAUUGCAUAAAUAAUGUUUCUAUGGUCGAAUUUAGCUUAGAUCUACAGUCACAUGUACUGUAUCUCUGUAUGGCAGAUAGUUAGAUCUACAUGUACUGUAUCUCUGUAUGGCAGAUAGUUAGGUUGAAUUUGUACAUUCGAGGAAGGGCUCAAGAGAGCAGGUACUUUACAUAUUUAUGUUCAGUCACAUGUACAGUAAGUACGCAGUACGCACCAGGGUUUUUUCUGGAUCAAAAGGGUCUUAGGUCGUGGGCAUGGCAGGGGGCGUGGUCGACCGGUUGGCGCACCAGAGUUUUAGAGAACAUUUUCAAAAAUGUCUCCAUGGAGCUGAGAAAAACCUUUGCUGUCUUAAAGCACAUUUCCUGCAAUUCUACACAUUUUGCCAUGCAGCUGAGAGAACAUGUUGCGGUUUUAAAGCUAAUUUCCUGCAAUUCUAUGCAUUUUGCCAUGGCUAAUGCCAUGUUCUUUUGCUCAAACAUAACAAUCUAUACUGCUAAAUUCAUUUUUUUGGGAAUUUUCAAUUGCCCCUGAUUGUCUAGGUUUUAUUUUGAUGAUUGUCACAUUUACAUUUACGUCAUUUAGCAGACGCUCUUAUCCAGAGCGACUUACAAAUUGGUGCAUUCACCUUAUAGCCAGUGGGAUAACCACUUUACAAUAUUAUUUUUUUAUUUUUUGGUGGGGUAAGGGGGGGUAGAAGGAUUACUUUAUCCUAUCCCAGGUAUUCCUUAAAGAGGUGGUAAUACCUGGGAUAGCAUAAGGUAAUCCUUCUACCCCCCCCCUUACCCCACUCUGAAAAAUUAUAAUAUUGACCAGCAGUUGAUCACAGUUUACAUUUACAUUUUAGUCAUUUAGCAGACGCUCUUAUCCAGAGCGACUUAGUUUUUUUUUUUUUACUGGCCCCCCGUGGGAAUUUAACCCACAACCCUGGCGUUGUAAACGCCAUGCUCAACCAACUGAGCUACAUCCCUGUUUGUCACCUGUUGCUUUUAUUAGACACAGCAAUCAUUAUCUACCGUCCAGUAGGCUCUCUGCUGCACCGUGCCUUCUUUAUAAACACCCAAAUAAUAUGCCAUUUAGCAGACGCUUUUAUCCAACGUAUGUACCCUACAAAUGGUACCCUAUUCCCUAUGUAGUGCACUACUUUCGACCAGGGCUCAUAGGGAGUAGUGCCGUUUGGGACACAUGCAGCUGUUGCCAAACCUUCAGAAGGUGUACCACUGGUUGUUACCAUAACGCCCUAGAGUUUAUCAGUCCAACUGAUAUGGAGGAACACCACUGCAUGACAUGACAUUGAACACACAUUAGAACUGGAAUAUGUUUGAAUAGGCUAAAUACUAUAGUCCUGUUGUUUUUCUGUCUAGGCCAGGGUGGACAUGCAUAUCUUAAAGAAUGGCUCUGGUGGGCUGGUUUAUUAUCAAGUAAGUGAACAUUUCUACCCUAAGAUGACGUGUUUCAGUUCACAGUUUCAAUGAGGCUAUCCUGUUUUCUGUGGUUUUGUUUUACAAGAUGUAUUUCAGUUCACCUUAGUUGGUGUGGUUGAUAUCUGUUUGUUUUCUCAGUGGCGGCUGGAGAAGGGGCGAACUUCGCAGCGUAUGCCUUUGCUCCUGCUACGCUCGUCACCCCUCUGGGGGCCCUCAGUGUGCUGGUCAGGUAGGUCACCCCUCUGGGGGCCCCUCAGUGUGCUGUUCAGGUAGGUCACCCCUCUGGGGGCCCUCAGUGUGCUGGUCAGGUAGGUCACCCCUCUGGGGGCCCUCAGUGUGCUGGUCAGGUAGGUCACCCCUCUGGGGGCCCUCAGUGUGCUGGUCAGGUAGGUCACCCCUCUGGGGGCCCUCAGUGUGCUGGUCAGGUAGGUCACCCCUCUGGGGGCCCUCAGUGUGCUGGUCAGGUAGGUCACCCCUCUAGGGGCCCCUCAGUGUGCUGGUCAGGUAGGUCACCCCUCUAGGGGCCCCUCAGUGUGCUGGUCAGGUAGGUCACCCCUCUGGGGGCCCCUCAGUGUGCUGGUCAGGUAGGUCACCCCUCUGGGGGCCCCUCAGUGUGCUGGUCAGGUAGGUCACCCCUCUGGGGGCCCCUCAGUGUGCUGGUCAGGUAGGUCACCCCUCUGGGGGCCCCUCAGUGUGCUGGUCAGGUAGGUCACCCCUCUGGGGGCCCCUCAGCUACACACCUCUGAGUCUUUACCAGCAGCUACACACCUCUGUCUGAGUCUUUACCAGCAGCUACAGUAGGUUACAGAGGUGUGUAGCUGCUGGUAAAGACUAUUGACCUAGUCAUGUAAUGUGUUAUUAAACUAAACCAGACUCCCCCAUAGUAGAAUAGUUGACCUAUUGACCUAGUCAUGUAAUGUGUUAUUAAACUAAACCAGACACCCCCAUAGUAGAAUAGUUGACCUAUUUACCUAGUCAUGUAAUGUGUUAUUAAACUAAACCAGACACCCCCAUAGUAGAAUAGUUGACCUAUUGACCUAGUCAUGUAAUGUGUUAUUAAACUAAACCAGACACCCCCAUAGUAGAAUAGUUGACCUAUUGACCUAGUCAUGUAAUGUGUUAUUAAACUAAACCAGACACCCCCAUAGUAGAAUAGUUGACCUAUUGACCUAGUCAUGUAAUGUGUUAUUAAACUAAACCAGACACCCCCAUAGUAGAAUAGUUGACCUAUUGACCUAGUCAUGUAAUGUGUUAUUAAACUAAACCAGACACCCCCAUAGUAGAAUAGUUGACCUAUUGACCUAGUCAUGUAAUGUGUUAUUAAACUAAACCAGACACCCCCAUAGUAGAAUAGUUGUCCUAUUGACCUAGUCAUGUAAUGUGUUAUUAAACUAAACCAGACACCCCCAUAGUAGAAUAGUUGACCUAUUGACCUAGUCAUGUAAUGUGUUAUUAAACUAAACCAGACACCCCCAUAGUAGAAUAGUUGUCCUAUUGACAUAGUCCAUGUAAUGUGUUAUUAAACUAAACCAGACACCCCCAUAGUAGAAUAGUUGUCCUAUUGACCUAGUCAUGUAAUGUGUUAUUAAACUAAACCAGACACCCCCAUAGUAGAAUAGUUGACCUAUUGACCUAGUCAUGUAAUGGUGUUAUUAAACUAAACCAGACACCCCCAUAGUAGAAUAGUUGACCUAUUGACCUAGUCAUGUAAUGUGUUAUUAAACUAAACCAGACACCCCCAUAGUAGAAUAGUUGACCUAUUGACCUAGUCAUGUAAUGUGUUAUUAAACUAAACCAGACACCCCCAUAGUAGAAUAGUUGACCUAUUGACCUAGUCAUGUAAUGUGUUAUUAAACUAAACCAGACACCCCCAUAGUAGAAUAGUUGUCCUAUUGACCUAGUCAUGUAAUGUGUUAUUAAACUAAACCAGACACCCCCAUAGUAGAAUAGUUGACCUAUUGACCUAGUCAUGUAAUGUGUUAUUAAACUAAACCAGACACCCCCAUAGUAGAAUAGUUGACCUAUUGACCUAGUCAUGUAAUGUGUUAUUAAACUAAACCAGACACCCCCAUAGUAGAAUAGUUGACCUAUUGACCUAGUCAUGUAAUGUGUUAUUAAACUAAACCAGACACCCCCAUAGUAGAAUAGUUGACCUAUUGACCUAGUCAUGUAAUGUGUUAUUAAACUAAACCAGACUCCCCCAUAGUAGAAUAGUUGACCUAUUGACCUAGUCAUGUAAUGUGUUAUUAAACUAAACCAGACACCCCCAUAGUAGAAUAGUUGACCUAUUGACCUAGUCAUGUAAUGUGUUAUUAAACUAAACCAGACACCCCCAUAGUAGAAUAGUUGACCUAUUGACCUAGUCAUGUAAUGUGUUAUUAAACUAAACCAGACACCCCCAUAGUAGAAUAGUUGUCCUAUUUACCUAGUCAUGUAAUGUGUUAUUAAACUAAACCAGACACCCCCAUAGUAGAAUAGUUGACCUAUUGACCUAGUCAUGUAAUGUGUUAUUAAACUAAACCAGACACCCCCAUAGUAGAAUAGUUGACCUAUUGACCUAGUCAUGUAAUGUGUUAUUAAACUAAACCAGACACCCCCAUAGUAGAAUAGUUGACCUAUUGACCUAGUCAUGUAAUGUGUUAUUAAACUAAACCAGACACCCCCAUAGUAGAAGGAGAUGAUUGUGGACUACAGGGGAAAAAAAAGAGGACUGAGCACGCCCCCAUUCUCAUCGACGGGGCUGUAGUGGAACAGGUUGAGAGCAUCAAGUUCCUUGGUGUCCACAUCACCAAAGAACUAUCAUGGUCCAAACACACCAAGACAGUCGUGAAGAGGGCACGACAAAGCCUAUUCCCCCUCAGGAGACUGAAAAGAUUUGGCAUGGGUCCUCAGAUCCUCAAAAAAUUCUACAUCUGCACCAUCGAGAGCAUCCUGACUGGUUGCAUCACCGCCUGGUAUGGCAACUGCUUGGCCUCUGACCGCAAGGCACUACAGAGGGUAGUGCGUACGGCCCAGUACAUCACUGGGGCCUAUCUUCCUGCCAUCCAGGACCUCUAUACCAGGCGGUGUCAGAGGAAGACCCUCAAAAUUGUCAAAGACUCCAGCCACCCUAGUCAUAGACUGUUCUCUCUGCUACCGCACGGCAAGCGGUACUGGAGUGCCAAGUCUAGGUCCAAAAGACUUCUCAACAGCUUCUACCCCCAAGCCAUAAGACUCCUGAACAGCUAAUCAUGGCUACCCGGACUAUUUGCACUGCCCCCCCCACCCAAUCUUUUUACGCUGCUGCUACUCUGUUAAUUAUUUAUGCAUAGUCACUUUAACUCUGCCCACAUGUACAUAUUACCUCAACUACCUCAACUAGCCGGUGCCCCCGCACAUUGACUCUGCACCGGUACCCCCCUGUAUAUAUAGCCUCCCUACUGUCACUUUAUUUUACUUCUGCUCUUUUUUUCUCAACACUUUUUUGUUUUAUUCUAUUUUUUUAUUAAAAAUAAAUGCACUGUUGGUUAAGGGCUGUAAGUAAGCAUUUCACUGUAAUGUCUGCACCUGUUGUAUUCGGUGCGUGUGGCCAAUAAAAUUUGAUUUGAUUUGAGAAUAGUAGACCUAGUCAUGUAAUGUGUUAUUAAACUAAACCAGACACCCCCAUAGCAGCCACAACUGUCAGUAAGAGUGUCCAUGAUUGAGUCUUUGAAUGAAGAGAUGUCCAGUUUGAGUGUUUUUUGCAGCUCGUUCCAGUCGCUAGCUGCAGCGAACUGAAAAGAGGAGCGACCCUAACAAUGGGAGCCGUUGUCCCAAAGGCAGGAAGGCAGGCGACAAGCUUGGAUCCAAAAUAUACAUUGGGCUUAUUUUGGACAUAUUUUGGCGAGAGUGAAACCUCUUGCUUUGCCUCAUCCUCUCCGUUUACACACACAUCAAGCCCCUCCCCCUGCCACUCGCAACAACAAAGAUGAGAGAAGGCUUCUUCCUCUGACAAGCGGUUUAAACACGCUAUUUACAUUUGAGCUUUGCACAUUCUUGGCAUUCUCUCAACCAGCUUCAUGAGGUGGUCACCUGGAAUGCAUUUCAAUUAACAGGUGUGCCUUGUUAAAAGUUAAUUUGUGGAAUUUAUUUCUGUCUUAAUGCAUUUGAGCCAAUCAGUUGUGUUGUGACAAGGUAGGGAGAGUAUACAGAAUAUGUCCAUAUACCUCAAGAGUGGCGCAGUGUUCUAAGGCACUGCAUCGCAGUGCUAACUGUGCCACUAGAGAUCCUGGUUCGAAUCCAGGCUCUGUCGUAGCGACCGGUAGCGACCGGGAGACCCAUGGGGCGGCGCACAAUUGGCCCAGCGUCGUCCAGGGUAGGGGAGGGAAUGGCCGGCAGGGAUGUAGCUCAGUUGGUAGAGCAUGGCGUUUGCAACGCCAGGGUUGUGGGUUCGAUUCCCAUGGGGGGCCAGUAUGAAAAAAAAAAUGUUAAUAUUAUGGCAAGAACAGCUCAAAUAAGCAAAGAUGACAGUCCAUCAUUACUUUAAGACAUGAAGGUCAGUCGAUUAGGAACAUUUCAAGAACUUCAAGUGCUAUGAUGAAACUGGCUCUCAUGAGGACCACCACAGGAAUGGAAGACCCUGAGUUACCUCUGCUGCAGAGGAUAAGUUCAUUAGAGUUACCAGGUCAGAAAUUGCAGCCCAAAUAAAUUCGACAUUAGACCGGUGGAAAUCUGUCCUUUAGUCUGAUGAGUCCAAAUGUGAGAUUUUUGGCGUGUCUUGUGAGACGCGGUGUGGGUGAAUGAAUGAUCUCCGCAUGUGUAGUUCCCACCGUAAAGCAUGGAGGAGGAGGUGUUAUGGUGUGGGGGUGCUUUGCUGGUGACACUGUCUGGGAUUUAUUUAGAAUUCAAGGCACACUUAACCAGCAUGGCUACCACAGCAUUCUGCAGGGUAACGCCAUCCCAUCUGGUUUGGACUUAGUGGGAAUAUCAUUUGUUUUUCAACAGGACAUGAACCGCAGGGGGGUCACCGCCUUGAUGUUGCGAGAAGACAGGGUGUUGUCAGGGCACGCCUAUUCUGCACCAAGGACAGCGAGAGUGAUGGAGUGCUCUGCCCAGGAUGACACUGGCCUCCACUGAAUGUCUCCAACCAGAGAUGCAUUCCCACUGGUUUCAGAAGGGGGAGAGAAGAUGGUAUCGUGUAGCAAUGAUAGGAGGACCAUGUGAGAUGACAGAGCCAGUGACGGUGUAUAGGGAGAAAAGAGAGGGCCCAGAACGAUCCUGGGGACACAGUGGUGAGGCCGGUGCGGAACAUCCUCCACGACUGUAGGAUGGACCGUAAGGACCAUCCAGGGUGACCGCGCGGAAUGCCUCUCGGAGAGGUGGAAGAGGAUCUGGUUACAGUAUCAAGCCAGACAGGUCUAGAAGACAAGAGCAAGGAGAGAGAGUAGUUUCGCAUGCGGAAGGACCAGAGAAGAGGUCCAUUUGAUGACCAGUCUGAAUACUGUUGGUCAAAAGGUCAUUCUGAGAGAUACAAGAUUUUAAAACACCUUGUUUGGAAAGAAAAAAAGGAUACUGGUCAUGUUUCAUCAUGGGGCGAUGUGGUUUUUGAGAGGGGACAACUUCGCUCUCUUCGACAUGGCCACCAGCCACUAUAUUCUACAAUGUAAAAAUAGUAAAAUAAAGAAAAACCCUUGAAUGAGUAGGUGUGUCCAAACUUUUGACUGGUAGUGUAUAUGACUGUAUCAUCUGCAUACAUUUGCACUUCAGACCCAGUACAGACAGAAGGCAGAUCAUUAAUGGACAGGCUGAACAGGAGGGGCCCCAGUAUUGACCCUUGGGGAACGCCCACAUCAUAGCUAAGAGUGGGCGACAGCUCAUUGCUCACUCUGACACACUGAGUUCUGCCUUCAAGGUAUGAUUUAAUCCAUCUAAAGGCAUCGGGGGAAAAGUUGAACUUGGACAGUUUUGUGAUGAGUAUCAAAAGCUUUCCUUAGAUUAUUGCUAACUGUUUGAAAUGUAGUGUAUUUUACCUUUAAUUGUACAACAAAGCUUAUUUAGAGACAACAAUUUUUUUUUUUUAACAUUACUAUUAGGCUUGGGUGAUAUAUCAUAUACCGGGGUAUUUUGAAAUACCGGCGGUAUGCUUUUCAAUACCGCAAAAAUUUAUGGAUUUUUAGGCCCUAACACCAAGCCACUGUCAGUAUGGGCCGUCAGUAGGGGAUGAAGACGGUGCUGACGGACAACUCUGCUCCUAAGCAACUUAGCAGUAUUUAGUUUGUUUGUGUUAUUUCAGAACGUACAUACAGCUGGAUAUCAGGGUGCCUGUAACUCGCCAGCAUUACCACCAGAAAUACCACUUCCCAGCAUUACCACCAGGAAUACCACUUCCCAGCAUUACCACCAGAAAUACCACUUCCCAGCAUUACCACCAGAAAUACCACUUCCCAGCAUUACCACCAGAAAUACCACUUCCCAGAAUUGGAUCCUUUGUUCGGACUGGAGUUGGGCUGUUGGGGGUACUGGAGGACUGGAGUUGGGCUGUUGGGGGUACUGGAGGACUGGAGUUGGGCUGUUAGGGUACUGGAGGACUGGAGUUGGGCUGUUGGGGGGUACUGGAGGACUGGAGUUGGGCUGUUGGGGGUACUGGAGGACUGGAGUUGGGCUGUUGGGGGUACUGGAGGACUGGAGUUGGGCUGUUAGGGUACUGGAGGACUGGAGUUGGGCUGUUGGGGGUACUGGAGGACUGGAGUUGGGCUGUUAGGGUACUGGAGGACUGGAGUUGGGCUGUUGGGGUACUGGAGGACUGGAGUUGGGCUGUUAGGGUACUGGAGGACUGGAGUUGGGCUGUUGGGGGUACUGGAGGACUGGAGUUGGGCUGUUAGGGUACUGGAGGACUGGAGUUGGGAAAACACUGGUCUAGACCAUGCGUAGGCUAUAUGGUCCAACAGGCCUAUGUUAACAAUUUGUACCAAUAUGUUAUUGAGCUAAUUUCUGGAGGCGGAAAUUAUACUUUGGAUGGUGUCAGCAUCAUUUAAUAUUUUUCUUCAUUUUAGAGUAGAAUGUCCUUUUAAAAAGUCCCCAGAACUGAGCUUCAGUCCUUCUACAAAAACUGAAUGUUCCUAUUUCACUAAAAGCAUGACGGUCAUGACUUACAAGAAAGUGGAGGUUAACUUGGCCCCACAGACAAUCAAUCUGAGAUCGACUUACAUUUCAGUCAUGGGAUUUUGUUUUGCUCUAAGCCCUGUAGACUUCAGUUCUUACUAUAAACUAAACUACCAAGCCAUAAUAUUUCAGUAUCUCUUUAUCAAGAUAUUUAUGGUUUACUGUGUUGUAGCAGUGCCGUGGCGUCCAUGAUGUAACGGUGUGCGUGUUGUACGUUUUGCGGCAGUGCGGUGCUGUAUUAUAACUGCGUGUUGUAUGUUUUGCGGCAGUGCGGUGCUGUAAUAUAACUGUGUGUUGUAUGUUUUGCGGCAGUGCGGUGCUGUAAUAUAACUGUGUGUUGUAUGUUUUGCGGCAGUGCGGUGCUGUCGUCGUACUUCCUGACAGAGCGUCUGAAUCUCCAUGGGAAGCUGGGCUGUCUGCUCAGCAUCCUGGGCUCCACUACCAUGGUGAUCCACGCCCCUCAGGAGGAAGACAUCAGCACCCUGGACCACAUGGCCGGGAAACUGGUCCACCCAGGUCAGUACCGGAUAGGGUGUUUCUCCUCCUCCUCAAAACCCAUUGGAGGAGAGGGUCAGGCAGGAGGGACUUCCAGGAGGAGGAGAUCAAUUGGGAUAGAGCACCACGAUGUCACUUCAUUCUUAAGGUUUAACUUUUGUCAACAUGAUUGUAAUGGGAAAAUGAGUAAUGAUUUUCGUGUAUUUGAGUUACUGUUAUGGAUUGAUAUAUAAUAAACAUGAUUGUAUGUGUGGGGAUACGCAGACAGAUCCAUUCCCGUGAGAAAGGGAAAUAGGAGUUGACCAUGUAGGUUUAAGUCGUUUUACAGCUGUGAGUCUCUAAUUAUGUUGUAAGUACUGAUGUUCUUACCUUUUGACAUGUUUAACUGACAGUAUCAAAUGUUGUGGUUAAAGUUUGGCUCCAGACUAGAUUCGAGGACACAGAUUCUGCAGCAGCGGAUGUUGUGACUUCCUACAAUCCUCUGGCUGGAACAUUUAGUGCCGUCUGAUUAAUAUAUAAAAAGGCCUGUUAAGACUUUUUCUAUGCUGGAUGUUGUCUCCCUGUUGCAACUUGAUUUAUGAUGGACUUUAUCCCUGACUGCUCUUUUAAUCCCCAAGUGGUCCUUUGUUUCUCAGUUGGUAGAGCAUGGAGCUUGUAAUGCCAGGGUAGUGGGUUUGAUUCCCGGGACCACCCAUGUGUAAAAUGUACACACACAUGACUAAGUCACUUUGGAUAAAAGCAUCUUCUAAAUGGCAUAUCAUUAUAUUUCCAAUGAUCCCUCCUUCCUCUUCCUCAGGUUUCCUGGUGUUUGCCACCUUCGUCAUCAUCGUAGCGCUCAUCUUCAUCUUGGUGGUGGGCCCUCGGCACGGCCAGACCAACAUCAUGGUGUAUAUAACCAUCUGCUCUGUGAUAGGAGCUCUGUCCGUGUCGUGUGUGAAGGGGUUGGGCAUCGCCAUCAAAGAGGCCAUAGCUGGGAGGCCCGUGGUGGGGAACCCUUUAGCCUGGGUGUUACUGCUAGGGCUGGUGGCCUGCGUCUCCACCCAGAUCAACUACCUGAACAAGGCUCUGGAUAUCUUCAACACCUCCCUGGUCACGCCCAUCUACUACGUGUUCUUCACCACCUCGGUCCUCUCCUGCUCUGCGAUCCUCUUCAGGGAGUGGGGGCACAUGGCUAGUGCUGAUGUCAUCGGGACUCUGAGUGGCUUCCUGACCAUUAUAGUUGGUAUCUUUCUGCUCCAUGCCUUCAAGGACCUCAGUGUGAGCCUGUCCACGCUGGCUGUGUCCAUCAGGAAGGACGAGAGGCCCGGACCGGCAGCUAACGGAGUGGCAACACACGGCACCUACGAACUGCUGCACAAUGACUUCACAGAGAUGGACCUGGAGGAGAGGGAGGUCGGCCUGCCGUUUGACAGCCUCUCCAGGAGGAAUGGAGCGAUGACAGCCUGUCCAGGAGGAAUGGAGCGAUGA